GACUACAAACAUUUAAAGAGCUUGUGAAACUUGGUAAUAGGUUAAAAGUUUGGCUCUUUGGGUGUUAUAUUCGACGAGAGAUUGACUUUCAAAAUCUGCCGAAUUUCUAGGUGGCAAAAGAGCUAAUGAGCUCAUACAUUCUUUGUAGAACUUUGAGUUUUUAAACUUGCGUCGCACAAAGAGUAUUCAAUACAGGAAGCUCAAAUUCAUUGGGAAACUAAUCGUGCUGUGCCCUUUUAAUACUUAGAACUAAUGCUUUUAUAUCUCCAUCAGAGAUUGUAUUGCUUAUGAUAAUGAGGCAUAUGUUGUAAACAAACAUUCUGCUAUAUGAGUGUAUUGUAAUGGAACGUAUAAUCGACUUUUCAGGUUCCUGUGGCUCUCGACCUAGUAUACGCAUCGUUGGUGGCACAGAAGCGGCCAUAAACAGCUGGCCAUGGCAAGUGAUGUUGUUGACCAGUUCCGACAGGCAAUUCUGUGGAGGUUCACUGAUUGAUCCAUNUAUCAAUAAGGCCAGGAAGUUGUUCGGGUAUUCCUCCAAGUCCAGUGCCACCUACACCAGCUCCGCCUUCAGAAGGUAUCACACUAGACGAAUUGACUACAUAUCUCUUACUAACCGACUUCGAGGGCCCUGCUCUCUGCUCAAGCUUUCCAAACCUGCCUCUCUCGGCCGGGGUGUUGGGCUGGUCUGUUUGUCAAACCCAAGUAACACUCUUCCAAUCGAUAACCCAAACAAGAAGUGCUAUAUAACAGGAUGGGGAACUUUGUCAUCUGGUGGCAGUCAACCCAAUGUACUUAUGCAAGCAACUGUGCCGUUGGUGUCAAAAUCACGCUGCUUAAAAGCCUAUCCGAACAAAAUAGAUGACACUAUGUUGUGUGCAGGUCUAGACCAAGGGGGAAUUGAUGCUUGCCAGGGCGACAGUGGCGGACCACUGGUCUGUGAGUUUAAAGGAAAAUGGUUUCUAGAGGGAGCCACUAGUUGGGGGUAUGGAUGUGCUAGACCAAAUAAGUACGGUGUCUACGCCAGCGUUAAAUUUCUGAGGACUUGGGUGCUUAGCAAAACAGGUUCUAUCAUACCACCCUCGCCAUCUCCACCAGCGACCACACCACCACGGAGCCCACCACCACUGACCCCACCGCUACCAGGUUAGCUAUUACUGUUAUUAUUUCUUAUUUAAUCAAUUGGAAGCCUAUCAACCUACUGAUUAUUUUAAGGCAAUAUCGCUUAGUUGAUCAAUAUAUAUUUCUGCGAUUAUCUUCAGUUCUUACUUACUGGCUAGUUUUGCCCUUCCUAAGUCUCAAUUUUCAAGCGAUGAAGGAAGAACAACUGUUUACAGAAAUGUGCGGAAAAUGCACAACAACCAAAUACAGAAAAAUGUAAGAAUAAGUAGCUUCGGUUUGAAGAAAAAUAAAUUUCGGUCAAUCGA